AGCAGCACCCUCUCCACCCCCUCCUGCUUCAGGCUUCAGACCGCACUAAGACGCUGCAGACAGAGUCCUCCAGCACAGCAGAAGCUGCGGAGAUUAGACUUCUCAAAAGAGUUUGGUCAGAUUUAACUUACAGCCAGAGUUGUUUUAAAACUCUAUUUUAUCUAUAGUUGGGCGGAAUUCCCUUUUUGGAAGCGGAUUGACGGUACAAUGGAUCUCAUUGUGUUGGUGGCAUUCAGCUCCUGGCUGGCUCCUGCACUCGGGUCAGCAUUUGGCAGGGCGAUGUACGCUUCAGCAGCAGAUUAUGACAAAGACCUUGACAGUGCUUUUCACUACGAUUAUGAAUCUUUGCGAAUCGGUGGGCUGGUGUUUGCAGUCCUACUCUGCCUCCUGGGUAUUUUUUUGAUUUUCAGCAGAAAGUGUACAUGUUCAAGGAGCGACAAAUCGAGAUCUCGUCAUCCAGAAGUGUAAUCUGUUGUUCAAGGAGGUUAUGAAAUGCUGCAGAAAAGGUUGACUGAUUGUCACCACUAGAUGGCAGCAAACAUUGUGAUCACAACACAAGACAAUCUUUCCAUAAACAAAAAGGAGUUCUUAAGACACCAAAAUGUUCUGUUUCUUUCUUUUUUUUAUGCUUUCCUCAUGAGUAGAUAGUGUUAUACUGUUAUGCAUGAGCUUCUGCGUAAUUUUCACUUGUAUUUGUGCGACUCUUACCUUAAUUCUACAAAAUAAAAAACAGUUUUGAAAUGAUGAA